AUGUCUAAUCUAGAGUUGGCCAUUUUACCACAGCUCCAGCAUGAUGAUACAAAGGUUCCUGUUUUACCAAGGGAGAAAUCUGAAUCACAACAGUUAACUAUAUUCUAUGCUGGAAUUGUGCACGUUUAUGACAAUAUUCCUGUUCAAAAGUCAAUUAUGAAUCUGGCACGUGAAAACUGUUCACAGUUAAUAUCUAGUUCUACUUAUAAUGCAAAGGAAAUUAAAUCAACUCAGAAAUCCCAAGUCUACAAGUUUCAAGCAGACUUGCCAAUUGCAAGAAGGAAAUCCCUUAAGAGAUUCUUUGAGAAACGUCAUAAUAGGAUUAUAAGUAAACAUCCAUAUGUCUCUCCUGAAUGUAUCAUGAUCAAAGUGGAAAUUGGAACGAUACAGAGAAGAUUAGCAUGACUCAUGUGCAAGUAUAACACACAGAGAAAUGAUCCCAAAAAAGAAAAUAAUCAGAAUGAAAAUAAAAAGAAAAGUUGGUUCCUAGCUCUAUGUGAAACAAAUUAAACAAGGGCUAGGUUUUGAUUGAUUGAUUGAAUGAUGUCCAAAAGGGUAAAAUUAUAUUUCUUAUUGAACAUAUUUUACUAGGACACUGUUCUCUAGUUUUAACUUUGAGAAUUAUGCCAAUGAUUU